AAAUUAAUUUGACAAUCUGUUUAUUUCUCCAUCCAGCCAUCCAUGGUCAGUUUCUUUCUUUCUUUCUUUCUAAAAUCUCUGAUCUCAGAAAUCUUUUAGGCCAUCCAGAGAAACGAGGUACGAACGAAUGCACCUCCAAUCAGUCAGUACUAGAAACGAGCGUCAUCUUUCACUGCUGCUGCUGUUUGUUGUGAGUUAUGACAUCGCUCUCUCUGGAAGCUCUUCUCUCAGCCGUCCUCGAUCUUUCCUAUGCAGCUAUUAUUACUGAAGCAUGAUGUAUCGUCGUCAAUAAUCAAUGGCGCACAUCGCGAGACACCACUGAUCCGUUGGUCAUCUAUUGCAUGCAGAAGAAGAAGCAGCGCCGGUCUUUAUGUGGUCUGGUAAGAGCAGAGAACUGGGGUCGGGUGUUCUGGAUGCAUCUUGGGUGCCGGAUAAAUGCUUGUUCCCGGGGAUCUAGGGUUUUCGUACCUGGUCCUGCUCCUCUUCUUCGUCUUCAGCCCCAUCUUCGGCUUCGUAAUUCGUCGGAAAUGGACGAUUGCGGUAGCCAGGCAGGAGGAGAUCAGGAGACUCAUGGAGUUGGCUUCCGAACAGGAAGCCAGGGCAGCUGUCGAGGCUGCUUUUGAGUACGGCACCGUUUCAGUUACUGUUCGUCAAUCACAGUGUGCUGUUUGUUAUCGCCCCACCACUACGCGCUGUGCUCGAUGCAAGGCCGUCCGCUACUGUUCUGGGAAGUGUCAAAUUAUCCAUUGGAGACAAGGUCACAAGGAUGAAUGUCAUCCUCCAUAUGCUACUAGCCAGUUUAAUAACGAGGGAACCAACUCUGGCCAAAAGGCAGUAUUGCAAGGAGAACAGUGUAAAUUUUCUGACAAUACUGAGUUAGAAGACAGUUGUGGUGGUAAACCAGUUGAAACCUUAUCUAAGGAACCUGCAUCAUCUAAAUUUGUUUCCUGUUCAGAAGUUCCACGUGAGAAGCAUGAUAAUAAAAUUGAGCCACUUUUGGAUGCCAAGAAAACAUACAUCACUUUUGAAUCUUCCAGUGUAUCAUUGUUGUCUGACAUUUCUGCAUCCACUGGUGUGGAUGAAUCAUCAGAUGAUAUUUAUGCUAGCAAGGUCCCUAGUUUAAAUCCACCUGGCAGAUCAGAAGCUCCUCAACCUGUUGAUACCAGUUCUGCUAAGCUCAAGGCGACCACUGUUGUUGAUGACAGUAAGCUAAAUGAAUCACCUCCUUUAGAGCUUAAUAGUUUGGUUGGUUCUGAAGAUAGCUUUUCUUGUUCAAGUAAAUUAAAGCAGAGUAAAUUGAGUUGUGAUGAUGAGGUCUACAGCACAUCAACUAGUCCGUCAUUUUCAAGUUCAAAUGAUUUUUCAAGUUCAAGCAAUGGCUCUGAUGAAUCUACUACUUCUGAAUCUUCUACAUCCUCUUCUGAUUUCUGGGAAGGAGCUCUAGACUCAAGUGGGUCUAUAAAUGAUUUUUGUGAUAAUUGUACUCACUCAAGUGUAACUGAAGUUGGGGAUAUCAUCUCGUCUGGUUCUAGUUCUUUACAAUUUUCAGCUAACUGCUCUAGAAAUAACAUUCCUCCCUCAGUUUCACAACCUUCCAAAUCCAAGGCUGAUGUUGCUUCUGAGAAAAGCUUGAGGAAUGAAAUGCCAUUUUAUGGAGCUUCUGCUGUGGAGAAGAUGGUUAUAGAUGUGCCUGGAAGAAGUAACCCCCCAGCCUUGAUACCUGAAAAAGCAGAUUCCAGGGCUAAAGAAAGGAGCAAAGACUCACAUGUAUUGAAGUCUUUAGGGAAUAGAUCUUUAUCAUCUGACAUUUCUGAUCUUCCAUGUUCUCGCACUGGAGGGCAUUUCGCAAAGUCCACAAAGGUUGAUGGCAUUCAUGUAGCGCCUACUGCUGUAUUAGAGGCUGCACAUUCAUCAAAUGCUAGUAAUGGCUUGAAAACAUCUGUCAGUAAAGUUGUGCAGCAGUUUAGGGCCUCUAAAAUUUCGAUAUACAAUCCAAUGGGGUUUGGAACUGAGAAUGGUGGAAAACACAGCUGCAAGAUGCUUUUUCCAUAUGAACAGUUUGCUAAACUCUAUCAUGUGGACAAGGUGGAGCUGUGCCCUUUUGGCCUCACAAACUGUGGGAACAGGUUAGUGAAUUUCAUUCACAUUCAUGACAAUGUGAACAUGAUAUUUGUUCAAUUAUAUAUGCAGUUCUAUGGAGUGAUUGCAAUCAUGUUUUCUGUUAAGGCAUGUAAAGUUAUUUUGAUGUAGGAUACAUACUCAAAG